GAGAUAUAAAUUAUUGCAACGGAACAAUUCGAACGAUUCUUACGCUUCACUGUCCCCAUUGCAACGGAGCGAUUCUAACGCUUCAUUGUCCCCAUUGUCCCCAUUGCAACGGAGCAAUUCUAAUGUUUCAUUGUCGAGUAUACUUCCAGAAAAUAACAAAUUUGAUUUUAAAGCCCAGAUCAGUGAGGAUGAGCCUGUCAGACCACAUACUUUGCCAGCUUGGAGAGAUGUCAUUAUGGCCUUUACUAAAAAUAAUUACGAAAAGGCAAUAGAGGGAUUAGAACUAUACGCUCAAAGUGACGCUAAAGAGGCAUAUUUAGCCAAAUAUUAUGCUGGCAAACUGCUAUACGAAGGACAUCUUGGUGUGCCCAAAGACGAAUUCAAGGCUUUGAUUUACUUGCGUGAAGCAGCAGACCAUUUAUCAGCUAGCAGUUAUAAUAAUUAUACCCCCAUGGCUCAAUAUUUAUAUGCGGAUGUAUGCCUCAAGGGUGGACUAUAUGAUCGGGAAAAUGGUAUAAGGUAUUUGGAGAUGGCCGUACGAGCAUCAGAGAAGGACGCAUUGUUUUUGUAUGGUACUAUUCUAUGGAACGGUGAACAUGGAUUACAGAUUAAUAGUGCUAAGGCUAAAGAAAUGUUUAAAUUAUCAAAGAGUCGUGGCAAUGAAAAAGCGGAUGAAAUGUUAAAAAGAAUUGAGGAAAAUUAG